ACCGUUUUUGCGCCUGCGCCGUCCAUCUGAGGCGGCGCGAGCUCUUGGCGUUCUCUGCAGAGGGUGACGUCACCGGCUCCCUGCCCGAACUGCCGACUCCGCCUCUGCCCGGAGAAGGGGAGGGCCUGGAUUCGCCGGCUGCAGGCGCCCCCAUGGCUGCCAUAUUGGAAGGGAAGUGAAUGCGGGAGGCGGCCGCGGCCUGGGCGGAGCAGCCCUUCCCCCAUUCUUCGGGCAGCGGGUCUCCUGACGGGGGUGGCCGGCAAGAGCCCCCUUCCCCGGGCAGAGCCAGGGGAAGGAGAAGGCGGCGGUGGGGACAAGGGGGCGGCGGCGGCGGCUUGGCCUGUUUGAACGCCCGGGAGGCGGCGGCGGCCUAAGAUGGCGGACCCGGCGGAGUGCAACAUCAAAGUGAUGUGUCGCUUCAGGCCCCUUAACGACUCGGAGGUGACUCGGGGCGACAAGUACAUCGCCAAGUUCCAGGCCGAAGACACGGUUGUCAUCGCGUCUAAGCCUUAUGUGUUUGACCGUGUAUUCCAGUCGCACACAUCACAGGAACAAGUGUAUAAUGAUUGUGCAAAAAAGAUUGUCAAAGAUGUACUUGAAGGAUACAACGGUACAAUAUUUGCUUAUGGACAAACUUCAUCUGGAAAGACUCAUACGAUGGAGGGGAAACUACAUGAUCCAGAUGGAAUGGGGAUCAUUCCAAGAAUAGUACAAGAUAUUUUUAAUUAUAUUUAUUCCAUGGAUGAAAAUUUGGAGUUUCAUAUUAAGGUAUCAUAUUUUGAAAUUUAUCUGGAUAAAAUAAGGGACCUUUUGGAUGUCUCAAAGACCAAUCUUUCUGUUCAUGAGGACAAGAAUAGAGUACCCUACGUAAAGGGCUGCACUGAACGUUUUGUAUGUAGUCCAGAUGAAGUUAUGGAUACUAUAGAUGAAGGAAAAUCUAACAGACAUGUAGCAGUUACAAACAUGAACGAACAUAGCUCUCGAAGUCAUAGCAUUUUUCUCAUUAAUGUAAAGCAAGAAAAUACUCAAACAGAGCAGAAAUUGAGUGGGAAGCUGUAUCUUGUAGACUUGGCAGGUAGUGAAAAGGUUAGUAAAACAGGAGCUGAAGGUGCUGUACUGGAUGAAGCUAAGAAUAUCAACAAAUCUUUGUCAGCUCUUGGAAAUGUCAUUUCUGCUUUAGCUGAAAAUAGUACAUACGUUCCAUAUCGUGACAGUAAAAUGACUAGAAUCUUGCAAGAUUCAUUAGGUGGCAACUGUAGAACCACAAUCGUCAUUUGCUGUUCUCCAUCAUCUUACAACGAAUCUGAAACAAAAUCUACGCUGUUGUUUGGUCAAAGAGCCAAGACUAUCAAGAACACAGUAUGUGUCAAUGUAGAACUUACUGCAGAACAAUGGAAGAAAAAAUAUGAAAAAGAGAAAGAGAAAAACAAGACAUUGCGGAAUACCAUACAGUGGCUUGAAAAUGAGCUCAAUAGGUGGCGUAAUGGUGAAACUGUUCCUGUUGAUGAACAAUUUGACAAGGAAAAAGCCAAUUUGGAAGCAUUUGCAGUGGACAAAGAUAUUACUAUUACUAAUGAUACACCAACUGCUACUAUUGGAGUGGUUGGCAAUUUUACUGAUGCUGAAAGGAGAAAGUGUGAGGAAGAAAUAGCUAAAUUGUAUAAGCAACUAGAUGACAAGGAUGAAGAAAUUAAUCAGCAGAGCCAGUUGGUAGAAAAACUAAAAACACAGAUGUUGGAUCAGGAAGAGCUUCUAGCAUCUACCAGGAGGGACCAAGAUAAUAUGCAAGCUGAACUGAAUCGCCUUCAAGCUGAAAACGAUGCCUCUAAAGAGGAAGUAAAAGAAGUCCUCCAAGCCCUUGAGGAGCUUGCUGUCAACUAUGAUCAAAAGUCGCAGGAAGUGGAAGACAAGGCAAAGGAAUAUGAGCUGCUCAGUGAUGAAUUAAAUCAGAAAUCGAUGACAUUAGCUAGUAUAGAUGCAGAACUUCAAAAACUAAAAGAAAUGACCAAUCACCAGAAAAAACGUGCAACAGAAAUGAUGGCAUCUCUUUUGAAAGACCUUGCGGAAAUAGGAAUUGCUGUAGGCAAUAACGACGUGAAGCAACCAGAAGGAACUGGUAUGAUAGAUGAGGAAUUUACAGUUGCAAGACUUUACAUCAGUAAGAUGAAAUCUGAAGUGAAAACUAUGGUAAAACGCUGCAAGCAGUUAGAAAGUACACAAACAGAAAGCAAUAAGAAGAUGGAAGAAAAUGAAAAAGAGCUAGCAGCCUGUCAGCUGCGUAUAUCACAGCAUGAAGCGAAGAUCAAGUCACUCACAGAGUAUCUUCAGAAUGUGGAACAGAAGAAAAGACAGCUUGAAGAGUCUGUGGAUUCCCUUAAUGAAGAGCUAGUUGAGCUUCGAGCACAAAAAAAAGUUCAUGAAAUGGAGAAGGAGCACUUAAACAAGGUUCAAACUGCAAAUGAAGUCAAGCAAGCUGUUGAGCAGCAAAUUCAAAGUCACCGUGAGACUCAUCAGAAGCAGAUUAGCAGCCUGAGGGAUGAAAUUGAAGUAAAGGAGAAACUAAUCACUGAACUGCAAGAUCAAAAUCAGAAGAUGAUGCUUGAACAGGAAAGACUGAGAAUUGAGCAUGAUAAACUGAAAGCUACAGAUCAAGAGAAAAGCAAGAAACUGCACGAACUUACGGUUAUGCAAGAUAGAAGAGAACAAGCAAGACAGGAUUUAAAAGGUUUAGAAGAGACUGUGGCCAAAGAACUUCAGACCCUGCACAAUCUUAGAAAGCUGUUUGUUCAAGAUUUGGCUACUAGGGUUAAGAAGAGUGCAGAGAUUGAUUCGGAUGACACUGGGGGCAGUGCAGCCCAAAAACAGAAGAUUUCUUUUCUUGAGAAUAAUCUUGAACAGCUCACAAAAGUGCAUAAACAGCUGGUACGUGAUAAUGCAGAUCUUCGCUGUGAGCUUCCAAAACUGGAGAAGCGACUCAGAGCUACAGCUGAGAGAGUUAAAGCUUUGGAGUCAGCACUGAAGGAAGCCAAAGAGAAUGCAUCCCGUGAUCGCAAGCGGUAUCAGCAAGAAGUGGAUCGGAUUAAGGAGGCUGUGAGAUCAAAGAAUAUGAUCAGAAAGGCACAUUCUGCACAGAUUGCUAAGCCUAUUCGUCCUGGUCAGCAUCCAGCAGCUUCUCCAACUCAUCCAAGUGCAAUUCGUGGGGGAGGCGCUUUUACUCAGAACAGCCAGCCAGUUGCUGUACGUGGAGGUGGAGCACGGCAAGAGAAAGUGUAAAUAUACAUUACCGAGAUGCUGAAAAAUACACGCAGCAUGAAGACGAUUGGCUACUGCAGUGAGAGUCAUUCCAUGACAGUGAUUUCUAUCUGUCUCUCCUGGGGACUAUAGGAUUAUUUUUUGAAAACUGUAUAAAACUAUUCCGGUCUGUACAGCUCUCCUCAUUCUAUGAAUUUGGCUAAUUGAUUCCCAACAAAACUAAGAAAAAAAUGUUCUUCUUGGAAAAUUGACGUGUAACUUUAAAAUGUAGCUCUCAUUACAUGAUCUGUCUUUCACGUCUUAAAUUUAGUAUGCACUGUGCCAAGUUGAAUGUAUGUGAAAGCAACAUCUUAGUUUAAAAUUUUUCCUAGCUUAAUUUAUGUAUAUUUAAUGGUCUUAGGGAAUGUGGAACAAUGUUGAGUUAAGUUUGAAUUUUACCACUUUUAAUAACACUACUUGGCCCACUCUUGAAUUAGAGCAGCACUGUACAUUAAACGUGCCCACAUGGCUGUAUAGAAUAUAAGACUAAAAUUAUUUGUACAGUAUGCAAUUACUGAGGUGUGCUUAUGACGACUGCCUUUAGACACCGAAGUCGCAAAUACCAUGGAACUAAGGACUUAUUUUCCGGUGCGGCUGCUUAACUGUCGAUUAAAACUUUGUUAUCAGGUUAAUGAGUUAAUACUGAGUAGCAAGUAGUAAGUGUAAGUUUACGUGGCAGGACUUGGCAAAGACUUUCAUCUGUUCCUGAUUAUACAGAAAACAGUGGGAUGAGGUGAAAACAUUCUGCUUCAUCUUGAUGAGCCUAUCAGUGGUAACCAGAGCUGUAUGAAUUCAGUAAACGGCUAUGGUGAGACACAAAUCGGGACACUGUAGAACUGCGCUUGCAUUUAGUGCUUCAAGUUUUACUAUACUUCGCUCACCUACAAAUUGGACUUAAACUUUAAGCAUGUGUGAGUUGAUUGAAUAAUUGGAACAAGCUGAAUAAAGCAGGCAAUGUAAGUGUUAAGAAUGGCAAGAAGUGUCAGAUGAGUUUAAGAGUUGUGUUACACUGAAAAUGUACUGUAACUUUUUUUGUAAAUCUAAAGUUGUGUAAAUGUCCACUGCUCCAGACAUCUUGCUGCCUUUCAUUUUUUGCAAGCAACAUGCUGAGUCUUGAUUUUAAAAGAUGAGUUUUGCCCUAUGAAAUAGCACUUGAAGCUACAUGCCAUGAAGUUGAAAUAAUGCCUUUGAUGAGGAUUUCUUGCUUGGUAUAUUUCAAAGGUUUUACUAGGCAUUCUUGUCAGCCACUAGAUUUGUAGAAGCCAAAAAGAAGAAACCAACAGUGGAGAGAUUGUGAAUAACUGCUUUUCCAGAGUACGUUGAUGCCAGUUUUGUAUCUCAGUACAAUACAUUCACAGGCACUUGAGGGAGGAAAGGUUUUCUGUAGAUCUUUGACUAAUUUUUUUACAAAUGCAGAUAUUUGUACUAUGAUGGAGCUUACUAUGAUGGAGCUUAGCAAUAGAAGAAUUAGACUUCUUUUCUCCCUGUUUUCCAUGUCUUUUUUUAUUUUUUUUAAAUAAUAGUCUUCAGAGGCUGACUUUAAAUUGGUCAGACCCUUGUUAGUUUGAACUGUCAUAACAUAAGCCUGUUCUUUUUGUGCUUGAAUUAAACACUCCAAACUUAAGAUGAAGGGGUUCUGGAAAGUAAGAGGGGGACUUGUACAAGGGGAAAGGGUAUUUAAGAACGAUUUGUAAAUGUUUUCAGUUACAAUGUCAGGUAGACAUACAGUUUUAGUCCCGAUUUGGUUUAAACAGUUUCAAGUCUGGUUUCCUGGCCUGGCAUUAUACUCAAAUGAAGCAGGAUAUUUUCUCAUGGCUGUUUAUGGUAGUUUCAUUUCUGUAAGAAAUGUAUCACAGGUUUUGGUGCUGACAUGGCUGUGUAAUUAAGCAGUUAAAUAAACUGUAACUAGCAUGUAGAUCAAAAUGUACAUCAUUUUUAUAUCUGUUUUUUAUUUUAACCUUCUAUGAAAUUUAUUAAGAACUGCGACUUAGACUUUCAAAAGAACUAUUUUGGUUCCUUGGAUCACCUAUGGUAGAUUGCAUGGACAUGACAACUACAGGGUUUAUAAAUUUAAAACCUUAAAUCUGCAAUAGAAUUUGCAAUGCAUUGUUGUUCCGCUCUGAAGCCCUUCAGUCUUUAAUUCCUCCAAGUCAUUUAAAAAUGACUUAGGGCAAGAAGUGAGUGACAUGAAAAAACUCUAUUUAUUCAAGGAAAUCAACUAAAUUAUUUGCAUAACAUUACUGAUAAAAUACUUUAAUUUAGACUUGAAAUGACAAAGGUUUUCCUGUGGACACCAUUAUUUGUUCUCAGUACAUGAGGAUGCAUUGAAGAAUACAUGGUUUGAAGAAAAUGCCAUAUAGUUAACUACCUGCAUGCUGUAAAUGUUUUUUGUGUGUUAAAUAAAUAAAAUCUUUGAAUAUUA